AUGGGCAAGCUACUCGGUCGCCUACGGGCGGUGUUCUUGGUGUCGGUUUGCUGCGUCGGAUCGUUCUUAUUCGCAUACGAUACCGGAAUUAUAGGCGGCAUUCUUACUUUAGACUCCUUCAAGCAAUCAUUUCGGUACUCCGAGGCGGAGAGGGCGGAUAUCGCAUCGAAUUCAACCAGUUUGUUGCAAGCCGGAGACUUCGACGUAGCCUUCUUCUCGUGUUUCUUCGCCUGGCCGUUUACCAAGAAGUUUGGUCGCCGAUGGUCCAUCGCGCUCGCAUCUGUGAUCUUCUGCGUCGGCGGUAUAAUUCAGGUGGCCCCAACCCACUCCAUUGGCGCCUUCUACGCCGCGCGUGUGAUUAGUGGUGUCGGGGUUGGGAUGGCCACUGUAAUGGUGCCCAUGUACAGCGCAGAAAUGAGCCCUAAGGAGAUCCGAGGCCAGCUGGGCAGUUUGUUCCAGUUCUUCUUCACACUUGGUGUCAUGACCUCCUACUGGAUUGACUAUGCCGUCGAGAAACACGUCGAACCCUCCGAUCGCCAAUGGCAGAUUCCUAUCGGGCUGCAACUCGUGCCCGCUGGUAUCUUGGGCGUCGGCAUGCUAUUUCUCAAGGAGAGUGUGCGAUGGCUGGCUAGUGUAGGUCGGCACGAGGAGGCUCUACAAUCUUUGAUUUGGGUGCGCGGAGGAGAAGAUACCGAGGAGGUUCGCGCUGAAAUGGCGGAGAUCCUGGAUGGCAUCAGCGCCGAAGUUGCUGCAACCGAGGGAGUCACCUGGAAAGAGCUGAAUCUCCCAGCCAACAGGUACAGGAUUUUCGUCGCAAUUACUAUACAGAUUUGCGCUCAAUGCACUGGAAAUACCUCACUAGCAUACUCGAUAGACGCCCCUCAAAUCUUCGGUGCCGUCGGGACCAGCGAGAACGAUACGCUCUUGAUUACCGGCUUCUUCGGCGUUGUGAAAGUCGUCGCAUGCGGAAUCUUCGUUCUUUUCCUCGUCGAACGGAUUGGCCGCAAAUGGUCCCUAGCAAUCGGCGCUUUCAUGAUGGGGGCGCUGAUGCUCAUAGUCGCCAUUCUUGCUAAGGUCUUCACGCCAGAUCCCAACGCCACCGGUAUCUCUUCGCCUACCGCUGCGUCCAUCGCAAUGAUUUACCUGGAGGCCGCUUCGUAUAACAUGUCUUGGGGCCCCGUACCAUGGCUCUACAUGAGCGAGAUCUUCCCAACACGCAUUCGCGAAAUCGGCAUCGCCAUCGGAACUGCAACGCAGUGGCUGUUCAACUUUGUCUUCUCGCAGGCAACGCCGCAUGCGGUGAGCAACAUGGGCUGGCGGACGUUCUUGAUGUUUUGCAUCUUCAACUGGGCGAUCGUUGUUUACGUGUUUGUGUUUAUCAAAGAGACAACUGGUAAGUCGUUGGAGGAGAUGGAAGAUGUGUUUAAUUCGAAUAUCAUUCGGUUCAGGAAGGAUGAGGAACGGGCUGGAGAGAGAGUUUCUGCGCGUGCACAGUGA